UUUAUCAACAAGUGCCGCAUACACCUGGGCUUCAGCUUCCGUGACAGAGCUCGUUCGUUCGUUCGCGAGCUAUCACGAUCGUCCAGCCGUUUCGAACCCCGCAGCAUCGUGCUCAAAGAAAGGGGUUGAAACGCGGCUGAGCGUAGCGCGUCCUCGUAUUGCCGACACGAAUCACCGCGUGACGAAUCGUGCCUGUUUUUCCUUGCCGAAGGUUCGACCGUACACUUAGCUCGUUUUCUCGCGUCGCGGUUUCCUUGGUUUCCACAGUUUUCUUGUCACGACCGAGGGUUCAAUGGAAUUAUCCGAGCGCUAUUAAUAACUCCGCGGUGUCGUUGCACGGUCACUGUUCGCGGUCACUUUUGUUUUUCAAAGGAUUCAUAGAGGAUUAUUAGUGGUGUGUUCUACCAAGAUUUCUCUUGGUUCGCGUUUUCCAGAGAUUAUGAUAGUGGCUUUGUGGGUUGUCUGAUCACGAACAUCUGGUUCAUUCGUUCCUAAUUUAUGUUUUACGCCUUUUAUAAUUGGUACAAGAUUCUGAGAACAACCUUUCAUCGAUUUCACAUUGGUACCUUUAAUUUACGUUCUGAAAUUGAAUUCGAGUUUGUGACAUCGUAUUACCGUUUUCACGAAGCUCCAAGAUUUGCGUACAUUGAUCAUAAUUAUUUUCAGUGUUGACUCGUACCAAAUUUAUUUAAGAGUCCCCAAUCUUCGUUUGGAAAUCUCUUCUUGCAUUUGUAUCUUAAACGACGUGUUGAUUGCAUCGUUGCUUGAAAUCUUCACAUUAUCUUCAUAAUUCAACGUCUCGCAUGCUGAAUUAAGCUUAAUAUAAUUUUCCACACGUAACGUGAUGUUUUCUAUCUUUUGGCAAGUAGAUUCCGCCGCGUUGUCUCUAUUAUUUCAACAAAUAAUCUUUACAAAUGCGUUUCGAAACAAUUCCUACUUUCAGAUGAUUUACAAUGUCACGUAAACAAAUUCUGAAAGUCGUUUGCGCAAUCAACCGGUGCUUUUCAUCGCAGUAGAAAUAUGAGUGCAUCAUAAAUUUUUAAGGAUAAGUGGAAAACAUGGAGAAUUUAAAUUCUUUAUAUUCACAGUCUUAUAUGUGCAUAUUUUAAAAAGCAGUCGCAAACAAAAUGGUUGGGGAAAUAUUUAUUUUUAACCGCGAGUGCGAACGUGAAGCGAAUCAUCGAAUCUUAAUGAGCGGGUGAAAAAAACAGAUAAGGAGACAUAAUUUUUGCUGGAACCUUGAUCAGGCAGCAUUGAGGAUCGUUUCGAGAUGAGUCACAAUGGUGCAGUGUCCUCUUUCUCAAGCCAACGCGAGGGGGUUUCGCGAUGCUCCGAAAAUUGACAUCGAUCGAGGAUUACGAUCGCGAAGGGUUGCAAAUAUGAGGAAUGGGGCUCUCGGUUUUCGGGAAGCGGCCGCAACUAUAAAUAGAGACACGCUUCUGUGAGUGCGUGCUAUGCUUUUAAACAUAGUUUUGGCAGCGCGAAACGUCAAACAGCCUCGGUGUGGCAAAGCGCGUAGAUCGUUUCCGUUUCGCCGAAAUUCAUGGGAAGACGCUACUGGCCGUGCUCUUCAUCUGGAUCUAGAUCGUGCGGGAAUCACCGAGAAUAACAUGUGACUACGGAAGAACGUUACAUUAAAAACCACCGUUCGUGCCUUCGUUCGUCAAUCACGGAAUAAAAAAAGAUACGUCGAGAACAUCAAAGAGAGUCUGAAACGUAUUCAAGUUUCGAAGCGAAGGAUUAAUCGAGUCGACGAAGCGUGUCAGUAUUACGCGCGGCGUUUUCAAAUUUGAGGGAGCGCGUAAUUGGAAAGAAAUGAAAAGUGCUUUGGAAAAGGACGACAAGGAGAAUCAGCGACCGAUGGAGGCGAGCGAAGAGGUCGUGCAAUCUGUGCAGGAUGACCAGGACGAAGAUGUGAUGCCACCGAGCAGCAAAAGCACGGACGAGACGAUAAACGAUGCGUUGUUGGAGAAGCUACGAAGUUGCGUGUCCAAGCCGCAGGAGGCCGAUACGUUCAGGCACAUCGCAGCUAAGAUUCAUGCACGCGUCACAUCCUCAGACCGCCGAGUACGCGAGCGCACGUUGGAGAAAUUAUGGCGCAAAAGUUCUGGAGCCAUGGAAAUAUUUAUCACGACGCUGGAGAACUGCAAAGAUCACGUGAUAAAUUGCAGUAUAGCUAGUAUACUACAUGAAUGCAUAUCGCUACGUGCCGCAAAGGGGAAAACCAAAGGGAACAAGAACAAAAGUGCCACAAAAUCCAGCAGCCGAAUGGCAGUGAUGCAGCUGAUCAAUUUAGGAAUCACGCAAGUCCUAGUUAAGCUUUUAGUUAAUCUACAACAUGCGGACACUAUAUCGAGCGAAGUCCUCACGCAGGAGGUGCUUUGGCUUUUGAGCCAGGUAGCCCAGAGGGACCAGAAGUUCGUGUCAAAGAUGAAGUUGCUCAGCACCGUAAAAGUGUUCCACACGCUCUUGAAGCAACAUUGUACCAACAGCAAGACGCUGUUGCCUUUGCUACUUAUCAUCAAAUGUCUCGCGAGAAACACGUUCUCUCUUCAAAUAUUGGUGAAGGACGGUAUAGCCAGUACGUUCGAGAAAACGUUCGUCUCCAUCGGUUACAUGCCCCAGCUGAAACUCAAAUCGCUGUUUGAGUGUUUCAAAUACUUUACAACAAGCAAGCUGUUUUGCACGAAAUUCGUGAAGGUCGGGCUGCUGUAUUUGCUGAUGAGAAUCUUUGAGAGAUGGGAGCGUUUCGACGGGCCGAUGAGAUUGAAGAUCAGCAACUACGCUCUGAUCACGCUGCAGCACUUAUGCGUCAUAAAAGCCGGGAGAAAAGCCAUCAAGAUGAACAAUGGGUUGCAACUACUGUACCGGUUUUGCAGCAACUGCCCGGAGGACAAGGCGUACGAUUCGUUACUAUCGCGGAUAUGCGGUAUAAUCAAUCAGUGUCUGGAGAAGAAGGAGCUGCCGGUGCCCGAAAUGUCCCCGGCAAGAUUCGCACUACCUGAAGUGAAUGUCAGGCCAAACAGUGUUGAGAGUGGCAGUGAUAUCGAUAUAGAUAGUCAGGCCUGUAGCAUGGCCUCUCUUGGAAGACUAUAUAGCGACCUUGAUUCUGGAGAUGAAGAAGAAAGCCAGAAUUCAAGGACGAACGUGAGAAGUAUGGACGAGGUGGACGAAAGCAAGUUUUUCGCUGGCGUGUUCACGUCUCAGAGGUCCGAGAUGGAUCUCGUCGAGUACAACAUGUUCUUUAAAGAAUUAGGCAACCUGCAGGCUCAAGUCUGUGCCGCGAGAUCUUCGAUGGAGAAGCUAAACGAUUCGACUGACCUUACGGAUGAUGACAAGUCGAACUCGCGGCAUACAAAAAUCGAUAUUAAGAAACUAAAGACUUUCUCAAAGGAUCCGACGAAGGAGGCAAUGAGCAAGAAUCAAGCGUCGAACGUUAACACGGCGAUCAAAAUUUUCAACGACAUGCCUUCGAAUUUAACCGAUCAACAGGCUUAUUGCGUAGUCGCGAGUCGGGUGAAAAGCGUGAUUGGUUUCGUGAAGGUCGCUUACCCGGAUCUAGUCGGCGGUGAUGGUCUCGGAAAGGACGAACCUCUGAAUAACAAGGACAGAAAGAUUUGUCGAUCGAAGCUCCUCACGUGCGUGGAACGGGGUCUUCACGGUAGUUCUCUGGUGCAAGAGGUAGUGUACGAUCUUGACACCGUGGCGUCAACCAUAAUCGGUGAAGAACAAAUUCCUAUUGACAACCAUCUAUGCAACUGGGACGAAAACAGGAUAGGCAAACGUGAUUCGGACAGCAAACAGCUCCACUUCGAGUCCAGGUUCGAGAGUGGGAACCUGAGAAAAGUCAUUCAGAUAGGCUUGAGAGAGUACGACCUAAUCCUGACGCCGGACGUGAACAGCGGAUCGAGACACCAAUGGUUUUACUUCGAGGUUUCGAACAUGGAGGCGAAUCUUCCAUAUACGUUCAACAUAAUCAACUGCGAGAAGGCGAAUUCGCAGUUCAACUUCGGCAUGAAGCCAAUCCUCUUCAGUGUGAUAGAAGCUCAACAGGGUAGAUCCGGCUGGAUUAGAACCGGCGCCGACAUUUGCUACUAUCGAAAUUGUUACCAGCGGCCAGCCAAAGGCAGAAAUUAUCUGACGACGUCGUUCACAGUCACUUUCCCUCACGCUUUCGACGUCUGUUACUUGGCUUAUCAUUUUCCGUACACGUACAGCCAACUAAUGACCAACAUCUGGAAAUGGAACAGAAAGGUUCCUCCGAACACAUAUUUCAGGGCGGAAACACUCUGCGAGACGUUGAAUGGAAACGAGAAUCCUUUAUUGACUAUUACGUCUUUAGACUCUAAGAGCAAUCCUAUCCAGAAUCGCAAAGUAAUAUUUCUGACAUCGAGGGUUCACCCGGGGGAAAGUAACGCUUCUUGGGUGAUGCAUGGUACUUUGGAAGCGUUGCUGGGCAAUAAUCCGUACGUGGCGGGCUUGAGAGACGAUUACGUGUUUAAGAUCGUACCGAUGCUGAACAUCGAGGGUGUCGUUAAUGGUUGCAAUCGAUAUGGUUUGACGAACGAGGAUCUGAAUCGGCGAUGGAGCAACCCUAAUCAGGUUCUCCAUCCAGUGAUAUACCACACGAAGGGACUGAUGGAGUACUGCACGAGGGUGCUGCAGCGGCCGCCGUACGUUUUCGUCGACUACCACGGCCAUUCACGGAGGAAGAACGUGUUUCUGUUCGGUUGCUCAAGGUCGGGUUCUUGGAGCGCCGCGGACAGGGCGAAACCGGACCAGCCGGCGCAGUAUUUGAUGUUGCCACACCUCAUGCAAAGAAUAUCCCCGGCGUUCGCGUUGCCACUGUGCUCGUUCAAGGUCGAGAGGAACAAGGAGUCGACUGCUAGAGUAGCCAUAUGGAGGCAGCUGGGCGUUUCAAGGAGCUACACGAUGGAGAGCAGCUUUUGCGGAUGCGAUCAGGGAAAUCUAGCCGGCUUGCAUCUGGACACGAAGGACCUGAAGGCGAUCGGACAGGAUUUUUGUCAGGCUUUAUCAAUGAUGAAGGAUUGCGCCGAGGACUGGAGCAUCGAGAAGAUACCAAUGGGGGAAGGCAUUCCUGAAGAGUCAACAUGUAUGGAGGAUGACAUCUCGUCCAGUUGCGAAUCGGACGAAUCCGAUUUCGAAACUUAAGGCCAUCGCGGAUUAUCAAAUUGGCAAGGAUUUGCGCUUCUUGCACAUUGGUCAGGAAGAAUUAUAUAGAUUCAUGGUUGUCGAAUAAAAAAAACGACAUACUUCUGUA